AUGACUAACAAUGUUUCCCUGAAUGAGACUACCUUAUCUGAAAGCCUUAGUGAACAAACAGAAAAGGCUGGCCCUUGCUCUCGUCCCCAAACCAGCAGGCCUACAGGGUCUCCACCGCGGGCGCUGGGUUUAUUUUUACCCUUAGUGUCUCGGGGCCUCCCACUUGGCAGUCUCCAGCGGAGUCGACCAGGCUCAGUCGGAUUAGGAAACAGGCUGUCAGGAAGGCAGCGGAGCCUGGUCUUGCCACCCGAGCGCUGGGGUUCCCGGUUUGCGCAUCGUUCCAAGCUGAGCCGUGAGGCAGCGAGGAUUGCAGAUAAACGGCUCCCGGGCGCGGCACCGCGUAUAGGCGGGCGUGCCUUUCGCGCACACCCUCGGGGCGAGUCAGCGCAGGAAGGUCCGACCCGUCGGCGCCCGUACAGGAUCUGGAGCAAGCCCGGGUUGGUCUGGGGCCCGCAGCGGUCGCCCCGUGUGCCCUCCACCGGGUUUCAGGUCGGGCAGCGGGCAGGUGGCGCCAUGCCAACCACGGGCCCACAUCCUAGGGCCUCGGAGCCGCACCGCGUGGCCUUUCAUCUGCUUAUCCUCACUGGGCGGGUCCGCGGGCUGCUGCUGCCGGGACCAGCGCGCUCCCGGGGAAGCUUCCGGGAAAGCUUACCCAGGGAGCGCGGACCCAGGCGCCGAAUCUUCCCGGAGAUGAUCAGACCCGGCGCGAGGAGCGCAGCGCAGGCUCCCUGGGACUCCGCGGCGCAAGCGGGGCAGCCAAUUGCUUAUCGUUGCUGAAACCAACCUGAAAUCAUUCCGUGCCUGUGACCAGAGACCAUAUCAGACAUCAGUCACGUGAGCAGCUGCAUGUGCUCACCUGCAUCUUCUCCAAAGAGUCAAAGGCAAGAGAAUCCACUGGUUUGCUGCCUUGAUGAAUAAUCAACUAGGGUUAUGGUUCACAGAAUAUAGAUUUCAUCUCAGAGUGUGAGAAUCUAAGAAGCAGGACAGUGGAGGUGAAUAGCUAAGGAAUUUUCUUUGAACAUGGGAGUGCCAUUGCUUUAUAAUACCUUGCAGACACUGAAUCCCAAGUCCAAGCUGCUGAGUUGCUUACCCGGGUACUUUUCCAGUUCCUGAAGUUUGGACUCAUUAAUGUCUGUGGCUAUGACUUUGGCACCUUCUCUUGCAAAAGCCUAGUAGACACAAAGUACAAAUAAAUCCUUUGUUUACUUGAAUAAACUGUGCUGAUGAAUGGAACAUCAUGUGGUCUUUUUCUCCUUUAUCUUAUUUUCAUUGUUGUUUUCCCUAUAAGAUAGCUAGAAUUUCAAACUGUCUAGUCUUACCCCCUCUCCAGUGUUAUUACUUUCAUCAUUAAUUAGAACAAUGUGACAUACAUUGUGUUUGUCAUCUCAGUCCCUUUAAGUAAUGUCAAACAAAAUAACAUUUUAAAAAAUGACAGCUGUUUUAGUACUCUCAAAAUACUGCUCUUCUGUAAUGAGACUGUAUACCAUUUCUGAGUUUGAGUUUCUAAACUCCAAAUAAUAAGAGAAAAAUGGAAUAUUUCAACAUUUUUCCUAUUAAGAGUAUGCUAGUGCUUUCAUAGAUGUCAAAUCAUAUCCUACCAUUAUACUUAAGGUGCACUGUUAACUCAAGUGGUGUAUACAGUGUAACAGAAAUUGAUAUAAAUCAAAAGACAAAGGAAACCUGUCUUAUAAUUCUAUAGUCAUAUAUCUAAAUUGACAUAAUUUCAGAAAGCUAUGUAACCCUGUUGGCCCUCUGUAGCAAAUUUAUUAUGAAGCAGAGAAAGUGAAGUAGAGAAAUUUCUCAGAGUCAAAAUUUGUAAGUAAUGUCAUGUAAUAAACAUGAAGAAUUCAUUCCUUCA